CAAGAAUCCUGCAAAAAAAAGAAGAAAUACUUAAUACUGAACUUACUAAUCCAGAUGCCAAAAGACAUAAAAAUCUAACAGUUACUGAACUUGAACUUGCCCUUAAGGAAUUUAAAAAACGUAAUGGAAUUCAAGAACAAAAGCUUCAAUGA